ACAUAUAAAUAUAUACAUGAACGGAGCUUGUAGACUACAUAAUAUUUAACAACGUGAGCACAGAACGUGAUGACACUUUGAACACUGUUUCGCGCCAAAGCGACGCGAACGACGCGUCGGACGUCCAGUGCAAUAACUGAAUUGUGUUGUGGUCGUUAAAUAAUUUAAAUAAAAUGGAUUCCUGGGGUAUAUUGAACGUUGACACCGCGGCCGCGGCCAUAUCUAGAGAUGAUAUGACUUCUAGUUUUCGACGUAAACAGACUAUGGAUAUAACAAUGCCGUUUCAUCCGGAAAAAGACUUCCACUUGCAGAUGCUAAUGCUUCUUAUUAACUCAGACGUUGAACCCCAAAUUGACGAGCCCUCCGAUGAGGAACCGACCCCUCCUCCCAGGAAUAAAAGAAAAAAACAUACUAUAGAGAAGUUACCAGACAAGGUAUUGCUUAAUAUCUUCUCGUACUUGUCCCACCGUGAGAUAUGUCGUAUGGCCACCGUGUGUAAGAGAUGGCGAAUGGUGGCAUACGACACAAAACUAUGGACGCACGUUAGUUUGAGACCCGAAAUAUCUGGACUCCAUGUUGGCUCACUGGAGUCUCUCCUUGCGUUAAUAUCAAUAAGGUUCGGACCGUCUCUACGAUACAUAGAGCUGCCAAUAGAGUUGAUAACUCACACAGUAUUACACGAACUGGCCGCUAAAUGUCCUAAUUUAACUCACAUGUUAUUAGACUUCAGUACAGCCAUGCAGCUUCACGACUUCUCCGAGAUGCAGGCGUUUCCUACUAAGUUGCGUUAUUUGUGUAUUUGUCUGUCCGAAGUUAUCUUCAUGGAAGGUUUCAUGAGGAAGAUUUACAAUUUCAUAAAUGGACUGGAAAUAUUACAUUUAAUAGGUACGUACGAGAAGGUCGAAGAGGAGGAGGAGGAGAUAUACGAGGUCAUAAACGUUCACAAAUUAAAAUCAGCGACGCCCAACUUGAGGGUCAUUAACUUGUACGGGAUCAACUUCGUGGACGACUCACACAUAGACGCGUUCAGCUCCAACUGUAUACAGCUGGAAUGUCUGGCCGUGAACUUCUGUAACAAGGUGACCGGUUCCACUAUGAAGACGUUGUUCCAGCGCUCCAGAAGACUCACCUGUCUCUUGAUGCACGGAUGUAGUCUCCAGUCAGAGAACGUGAUGCAGGUGGAGUGGGAGAAGUCUUCCAUCCAGGAGUUGGACGUGACCGCCACGGACCUGUCGACGGAGUGCCUCAUAGACAUGCUCACCAGGAUACCGAGCCUCAGGUUCCUCUCCGCCGGACAGAUCAAUGGAUUCAACGACACCGUGCUGAAAGCUUGGAUGGAAGCCGGCACUGCCAGGAACCUCGUAGCGCUGGAUGUGGACGCGUCAGACAACCUGUCGGACGAGGCGCUGCACCGGUUCCUGUCGCGCCACGGCGGAGCGCUGCACGCGCUGGCGCUGGCCGGCAUGCCGCACAUCACCGACCAGCUGUGGCAGAGCGUGCUGUCGCUCCUCACUAACGCCAAGAUCUUAAUCAUGGGAACACAGGAGCGACUCGGCGUCAACAUCCACGUCGACCAGCUGAUGGACGGUAUAGCCAACAGCUGCCCCAACCUCGAGAGGCUGGAGCUGAGGUGGGACCCCGAGAACCUCCGAUUCAGCGACAAGAGCCAGAAAGCUAUAGACAUUCUGCGCGUCAAAUGCUUGAAACUCAAGUGUCUCGUCCUGAGCGACGGCCGCUACUACGAGAUAGUGAAGGCCAACUUCGAGCGCGCGGACCGCACCACGGUGGUGCGCACGUCCACCAACUGCCGAGUGUCCAACUACUACCUGCUCUCCAACUACAAGGACCUCAUAUUUAAUUGAUGUUCCUGUCGGAGCUGACCGAAUUCCUAUAUGUUUUAUGUGUUACUAAUUAUUUAUUGUUUACUAUAAUAAACAACCAGUGAUUUUAUAACAUUUCACAAUUGUAGGUUAAAUAGAUAUUUAUUAAAAUCUGCUGUUAUAUAUAUAGUUCAAAUAAAGUUCAACUAGUCAAAGAAAAAAUACCUUAAAGUGUACAAAGAAUUUAAGUAAUUACUAUUGUAUAAUUUAAUAGGACGAAUACUUUAUAUGGAUAAGGUAACCUAUCACAUGGCGUGAAGAGUAAGUGAAUAUAUACUUACUUACUUAGAUUUAACAAGUUGUAUAGAAGAAACGAAAAGCUAGACGUAACGAAACAAGCGGCCCCUGGCGGAGCGCCGGUCAAAUAUUUAUUGUUGCUCGUUGUAAAAUACUUAUAAAAAUAAAUUCCUAUAAACUG